CGUCUCUCAUUGGCCCGUCCUCGCGUCGGUCAGAGCGCCGUCCCUCUGCACAUGGAGGGAAGGAAGCCACGUUGACACCAAUUAGUGUUUUUACCGCUUGAUCAACUAGAACACCGAACCGAAUCUUCCUUUCAGCGUGAUUCUCGGCGGAGGUGUGUCAUUGUCAGGAUGAGUGUAGGCUUCAUCGGAGCGGGUCAGCUGGCACACGCCCUGGUCAAGGGCUUCACAGCGGCGGGUGUAAUUGCUGCAAACAGAAUCACAGCGAGUUCACCCGACACAGAUCUGCCUACAGUCUCCGGCCUGCGGAAAAUGGGCAUUAAUUUCACUACAAGCAAUAAAGAAGCAACGCACAAGAGUGAUGUUCUGUUCCUGGCCGUCAAACCUCACAUCAUCCCGUUCGUUCUGGAUGAAAUCGGUCCAGAUAUCGAGGACCGUCACCUGAUCGUCUCCUGCGCCGCUGGAGUCACUAUCAGCUCCAUUGAGAAGAAGCUGCUUCAGUACCGCACGGCUCCUAAAGUGAUGCGCUGCAUGACAAACACGCCGGUGGUGGUGCGCGAGGGAGCGACGGUUUACGCCACAGGAACACACGCUGACGUGGAGGACGGGAAGCUCCUGGAGCAGCUGAUGGCCAGCGUGGGCUUCUGCACCGAGGUGGAGGAGGAUCUGAUCGACGCCGUGACGGGCCUGAGCGGCAGCGGACCUGCUUAUGCGUUUACGGCUCUGGAUGCUCUGGCUGAUGGCGGGGUGAAGAUGGGGUUGCCACGGCGACUGGCGGUCAGACUGGGAGCACAGGCUUUACUGGGAGCAGCUAAAAUGCUUCUGGACUCGGAGCAGCACCCGGGACAGCUGAAGGACAACGUCUGCUCACCGGGUGGCGCUACCAUCCACGCGCUGCACUUCCUGGAGAGCGGAGGCUUCCGGAGUCUCCUCAUCAACGCCGUGGAGGCGUCCUGCAUCCGGACCAGGGAGCUGCAGUUUCUGGCCGAUCAGGAGAAGAUCUCGGCCGCUGCCAUCAAGAAGACGACGCUGGAUAAAGUGCUGCAGCAGCCGGGCGUCUCGUCCACGUCAGUCGCCACCAAGAGCAGAGUGAACCUGUUCAACAACAAGAGCGGUGUCAAGAAGAACUGAACACACACACACACACACAGGACAAUACAAGAUCUGUGCCGUCCAUCCACACACAUGCACACAUUUAGACUGAAAGGCAUUAUGGGUCUGUGCUUGUACUCACAGCUUGUGUCCUGUUACACUGGUACAGCAUUAGACCAGAAAACAUGAGUCAUAAAGAGUGUUAUUAACAUUAUUAUUAAACUUCUCCAUAUCUAUAAAGGUCAAAAAACUUCAAAGGGAAUCAUGUAAAUGGUUUCCAAACAGGUUUUUUAUGUCAGUGUUCACUUUGUUUCAGGAUGAAACUGACAAAUGACACACAUUUUGCACACAUGAACUGGAAGAAUUGUUGAUUUUGUUUUGAUGAACAAGAUACAAGAACUUCCUAUAGCAGCACCCUGGCAACAACUCAACCCCUUAUAGAAACACCCUGGCAACAACUCAAAACUCCUUAUAAGAACACCCUGGCAACAACUCAAAACUCCUUAUAAGAACACCCUGGCAACAACUCAAAACUCCUUAUAAGAACACCCUGGCAACAACUCAAAACCCCUUAUAAGAACACCCUGGCAACAACUCAAGCUCAUCACACCCUAUAGCAUCGCCCUGGCAACAACUCACCACACCCUAUAGCAGUGCCAUGGCAACAACUCGCCAUACCUUAUAGCACUGCCAUGGCAACAACUCGCCACACCCUAUAGCAACGCCCUGGCAACAACUCGCCACACCUUAUAGCAUUGCCAUGGCAACAACUCGCCACUCCCUAUAGCAACGCCCUGGCAACAACUUGCCACACCUUAUAGCAUUGCCAUGGCAACAACUCGCCACACCCUAUAGCAACGCCCUGGCAACAACUUGCCACACCUUAUAGCAUUGCCAUGGCAACAACUUGCCACACC